ACGAAGAAGGAGGAGACGGUGGAGACGGUGCGGCAGCAGCUGGAGAACUGCUACCUCCUGGCGGGCAUUAACUACAAGGGGUUCACCGUGAAGCAGUUCCAGGACCUCCGGAAGACGCUCCCGGAGAGCACGAAGCUGAUCGUGGCGAAGAACACGCUGGUGUACAAGGCUCUCGAGGGCACUCCCUGGGACGCCCUCAAGCCCUGCAUGAAGGGCAUGAAUGUCUGGCUCUUCGUCCACUCCGAGGAGAUUCCGGCCGCCAUUAAGCCCUACCGCGACUUCCAGAAGGAGAAGAAGCUCGAGGACAACGACUUCACCGGCGCUGUUUUCGAGGGCAAGUUCUACGGUCCCCACGACUUUAAGAAGCUCGAGACGCUGCCCACGCGCGCCCAGAUUUAUGCCACUCUCUUGGGGGCUCUCAAGAGCCCUGCUUCCGCUCUCGUUUCCACUCUUCAGGCUCCUUCUAGAGACCUUCUCAUGCUUCUCAAUGCACAUAUCAAGAAUCUUGAGGAACAACAGGCUGCUGCUUCUCAAUAGAACUCUUUCUUGAGACUUGAAAUGGAAAUGGAAAUUGAGGGAAGACAAAAUGUAGAAUAGGGAUGCUCCCUUUCAAUCAUGCAAUUUCACCGCUUAUUGGUUGUUAAGUGCACAGACUAUGAGUGUUGUGGUUGAGGAAGGCGACUUGUUGUGGAGGAACCUAUUUGGUUUGUUAGGAGCCAACCAUUCUGGACAUUGCCUAGUCUGUUUAGAUAACACUCAAUAAUCAAUUGGACAAAACUUAUAUUCGCUACCAUAUGUGUUGCUCUACGAUUAGAAUUGGAGUUUCACUUUUAUAAUAUAAGAUCAAAUGAUUCCAUUAAAUGUCCUCGCAUAUUAUUGAGAUAAACUUUCAAUUCUGAGUGAAAAAUAAUUGUAUCUGAGUUUUUUCCUAAUUGAUUUUGUCCCCUCAAAAUCAUGGGGAUACCAUGAAAAAAGUAGAAGCAACUAUUUGUUGCUUUACUUUCACCAUGGAAAAUAAUUAA